AUGGAUGACGGGGAGGAAAAGCCAUAUACGAAUGACGACCGGCUUGCUUUGGCAACACGAGAGGCGAAUAAAUUCCCCGCGUAUAAACCGAAAGACAAAGAUGUGGCCUUUAGGACACGAUUCCAGAUUCCGUUCAUCAACAAAGCCACAGAUGGAUACAGUGGUAGCCGAGUUGCUCCGACGUUGGGCAUGCGACGAGGCGCCACAUUCGUCGUCAAGCCAUUACACGACCCCAGUGGAGAAUUUGCGAUUGUCCUGUACGACCCUACAAUAGAUGAUGUUGCGGAGGAACCCGCGCCUAAAGCACUGGAGGCUCCGACGGAAGAUACGCCAGCAUCGGAUGACCCGAUUGUCCAUAAGAGUCUAGCAGACAUUCUGGGGCUCAAAAAGGAUGUAGAUGAACGACCAAAGGUGCCUGUCGUCAUUGAUCCGAGGUUGUGCAAAGUGCUUCGACCACAUCAAGUCGAGGGUGUGAAGUUCCUUUAUCGAUGUGUCACUGGACUUGUUGAUAAAAACGCAAACGGAUGCAUCAUGGCAGACGGCAUGGGACUGGGUAAAACGCUUCAAUGCAUCGCACUGAUGUGGACUUUAUUGAAGCAAUCCUCAGAGGCCGGAAAAACUACCAUUCAGAAAUGCGUGAUUGCGUGUCCUUCGAGUUUGGUUGGCAAUUGGGCCAACGAACUAACAAAAUGGCUUGGAAAAGAUGCCACGACACCGUUUGCGAUAGAUGGCAAGGCCACGAAAGCCGAACUGAUAACGCAGAUUAAACAGUGGGCUAUUGCAUCAGGCCGUGGAAUUGUCCGGCCUGUGCUUAUUGUCUCCUAUGAGACACUCCGUAUGUAUGCGGAUACAUUAAAUGAUACGCCGAUUGGACUUCUUCUAUGUGACGAAGGCCAUCGACUUAAAAACAAGGAGAGCUUGACUUGGACGGCGCUUAAUCAACUCAAUGUUACUCGGCGAGUAAUCCUUUCUGGAACGCCUAUCCAGAAUGAUUUGUCUGAGUACUUCGCUCUUCUCCACUUCGCAAACCCGAAUCUAUUGGGAUCUCAAAACGAUUUCCGGAAGAGAUUCGAACUGCCAAUUCUUCGAGGACGAGAUGCCGCAGCCACCGACGAGGAGAAGAAGCUUGGCGAUGAACGAUUGCUGGAACUAUCUGGGAUUGUUAACAAGUUCAUUAUUCGCCGAACCAAUGAGCUUCUCUCAAAAUACCUUCCCGUAAAAUACGAACAUGUCGUGUUCUGCAACAUGUCACAAUUCCAGCGUGGCCUAUACAACCACUUCAUCCAGAGCCCGGAGAUUCGAAGCCUCCUCCGUGGAAAAGGAAGCCAACCGCUGAAAGCAAUUGGUCUACUGAAAAAGCUUUGCAAUCAUCCAGAUCUUCUCGAUCUCGCAAACGACCUUCCGGGAUGCGAGCAUACCUUCCCGGAAGACUAUGCACCCCCCGACUCCCGAGGUCGUGAUCGAGAAAUCAAGAGCUGGUACUCUGGCAAGAUGAUGGUGCUUGAUCGAAUGCUAGCUCGAAUCAGACAAGACACCAACGACAAAAUCGUUCUUAUCAGCAAUUACACUCAAACCCUCGAUCUAUUCGAAAAGCUCUGCCGAGCCCGAGGAUACGGCAGUCUACGACUCGACGGAACCAUGAACAUCAAAAAGCGCACAAAGCUAGUUGACAAAUUCAACGACCCUGACGGACCAGAAUUCGUAUUCCUGCUGAGUAGCAAAGCCGGUGGAUGCGGACUGAACCUAAUCGGCGCCAACCGACUAGUCCUCUUCGACCCAGACUGGAACCCAGCCGCCGACCAGCAAGCGCUGGCCCGUGUCUGGCGUGACGGACAGAAGAAGGACUGUUUCGUCUACCGAUUCAUCGCAACCGGCUCGAUCGAAGAGAAAAUCUUCCAGCGCCAGUCUCACAAACAAUCUCUUUCCUCAUGUGUCGUCGACUCCGCAGAAGACGUCGAGCGUCAUUUCUCCCUCGACUCCCUCCGCGAACUCUUCCAGUUCAAACCGGAUACUCGGAGUGAUACUCACGACACGUUCAAAUGCAAGCGCUGUCGACCUGACGGGACGCAGUAUAUGAAGGCUCCUGCGAUGUUGUAUGGUGACACUAGUUCUUGGAACCAUUUUGUUAAUACUGGCGAGAAGGGCCCGCUUAAUCAGAUUCAGGAUUUACUGCUUCGUCAGGAGACGAGUGAGCAGGAUGUAUCGGCUAUUUUCCAGUACAUCAGUCAUUGA